GAUUUGAAAAUAAUUUCGAAGAAAUUGACUGAUAAAGACACCGCUACAAGAUAUCUCUUUGGUUCUAUUAACAGGUCAUAGUGGGCUACAAAAUGAUUACUUCAGAGUUACCAGUGUUACAGGAUUCUACAAAUGAAGCUACUGCACAUUCAGAUGUUGGUAGUGAAUUGGAAGAAACACAACUGAAGGGGAAAAGAAAACGUGGUCGUCCUGGUAGACCUCCAUCUGCCAAUAAGAAGCCUCGAAAGACUCCAGGAGAGAAGUUUCGCUCUGAAACUGGAAUUAGAGGAACAGGCCGAGGAAGAGCUAAUGGCCAUCCUCAGCAGAAUGGAGAAGGGGACCCUGUUACUUUGUUUGAUGUUGUGAAGAUGGGCAAAAGUGCUAUGCAGUCGGUGGUAGAUGACUGGAUUGAAUUGUAUAAGCAAGACAGGGAUAUAGCACUUCUGGAUUUAAUCAACUUCUUCAUCCACUGUUCAGGAUGCCGAGGCACUGUGCGGAUUGAAAUGUUUAGAAACAUGCAAAAUGCAGAAAUUAUCAGGAAAAUGACUGAAGAAUUUGAUGAGGACAGUGGCGACUAUCCACUUACCAUGCCUGGGCCACAGUGGAAAAAGUUCAGAUCAAAUUUUUGUGAAUUCAUAGGAGUACUAAUACGACAAUGUCAAUAUAGCAUCAUCUAUGAUGAAUACAUGAUGGACACAGUGAUCUCACUUCUGACUGGUUUGUCAGAUUCGCAGGUUCGAGCUUUCAGACAUACCAGUACACUUGCUGCUAUGAAGCUUAUGACUGCUCUUGUGAAUGUUGCCUUAAACCUGAGUAUUCAUCAGGAUAAUACACAAAGACAGUAUGAAGCUGAGAGAAACAAAAUGAUUGGUAAAAGAGCUAAUGAAAGACUGGAGCUGCUCCUUCAGAAACGGAAAGAGUUGCAAGAAAAUCAGGAUGAAAUUGAAAAUAUGAUGAAUUCCAUUUUCAAGGGAAUAUUUGUCCAUAGAUAUCGUGAUGCUAUUGCUGAGAUUAGAGCUGUUUGUAUUGAAGAAAUUGGAGUGUGGAUGAAAAUGUACAGUGAUGCCUUCCUGAAUGAUAGUUAUUUAAAAUAUGUUGGUUGGACACUUCAUGACAGACAAGGUGAAGUGAGGUUGAAGUGUCUGAAAGCUUUGCAGAGUUUGUAUACCAACAGAGAAUUGUUCCCCAAAUUGGAGCUAUUUACAAAUAGAUUUAAGGAUCGCAUUGUAUCAAUGACACUUGAUAAAGAAUAUGAUGUUGCUGUAGAAGCCAUUCGAUUAGUCACGCUAAUACUUCAUGGAAGUGAAGAAGCUUUGUCCAAUGAAGACUGUGAGAAUGUUUAUCAUUUGGUAUAUUCUGCACAUCGACCUGUUGCUGUAGCAGCAGGGGAAUUCCUUCACAAAAAACUAUUCAGUCGGCACGAUCCUCAAGCAGAGGAAGCACUAGCCAAGAGGAGAGGACGGAAUAGUCCAAAUGGGAAUCUUAUUAGGAUGCUGGUUCUUUUCUUUCUUGAAAGUGAGUUACAUGAACAUGCCGCUUAUUUGGUGGACAGUUUAUGGGAGAGCUCUCAAGAAUUGUUAAAAGACUGGGAAUGCAUGACAGAAUUGCUAUUAGAAGAACCUGUCCAAGGUGAAGAAGCAAUGUCUGAUCGACAGGAAAGUGCACUUAUAGAGCUAAUGGUAUGUACAAUUCGACAAGCUGCAGAAGCACACCCUCCAGUGGGUAGAGGAACUGGCAAGAGAGUUUUAACAGCAAAAGAAAGAAAAACUCAGAUAGAUGACCGGAACAAACUAACAGAACACUUUAUUAUUGCACUUCCCAUGCUUCUAUCAAAGUAUUCUGCUGAUGCAGAGAAGGUGGCAAAUCUUCUUCAAAUUCCUCAAUAUUUUGACUUAGAAAUUUACAGUACAGGAAGAAUGGAGAAGCAUUUGGAUGCUUUGUUGAAACAGAUUAAAUUUGUUGUAGAGAAGCAUGUGGAAUCAGAUGUUCUUGAAGCCUGCAGUAAAACGUACAGCAUUCUGUGCAGUGAAGAAUAUACCAUUCAGAAUAGGGUUGACAUAGCUCACAGCCAGCUCAUUGAUGAAUUUGUGGAUCGAUUCAACCAUUCUGUGGAGGAUCUAUUAAAUGAGGGAGAAGAAGCCGAUGAUGAUGAUGUAUACAAUGUUCUUUCUACUUUAAAGAGAUUAACAUCAUUUCACAAUGCUCAUGACCUUACAAAAUGGGACUUGUUCAGUAACUGCUACAGGUUAUUGAGAACUGGAAUUGAACAUGGAGCUAUGCCAGAACAGAUAGUGGUUCAGGCUCUUCAAUGUUCCCAUUAUUCUAUUCUCUGGCAGCUGGUGAAAAUUACAGAAGGCUCUCCUUCAAAAGAAGAUCUAUUGGUAUUAAGGAAAACAGUCAAAUCAUUCCUGGCUGUCUGCCAACAGUGUCUGUCAAAUGUCAACACUCCAGUAAAAGAGCAGGCUUUCAUGCUGCUCUGUGAUCUCUUGAUGAUUUUUAGCCAUCAGUUGAUGAGUGGAGGCAGAGAGGGUCUUCAACCUUUGGUGUUUAAUCCAGAUUCAGGUCUCCAGACCGAACUCCUUAGCUUUGUAAUGGACCAUGUCUUCAUUGACCAGGAUGAUGAGAACCAGAGCAUGGAGGGAGAUGAAGAAGAUGAAGCUAAUAAAAUUGAAGCUUUACACAAGAGAAGGAAUCUUUUGGCUGCCUUUAGCAAGCUUAUAAUUUAUGAUAUUGUAGACAUGCAUGCUGCAGCCGAUAUCUUCAAGCAUUAUAUGAAGUAUUACAAUGACUAUGGUGAUAUCAUUAAGGAGACAUUGAGUAAAACAAGACAAAUAGAUAAAAUUCAGUGUGCAAAAACUCUCAUUCUCAGCUUACAGCAGUUCUUUCUGCAGCUGUUUAAUGAGCUUGUUCAAGAGCAAGGUCCUAACUUGGACAGGACAUCUGCCCAUGUCAGUGGUAUUAAGGAGCUGGCCCGGCGUUUUGCUCUUACCUUUGGUCUGGACCAGAUAAAGACAAGAGAAGCCGUAGCCACCUUACACAAAGAUGGCAUAGAAUUUGCAUUUAAAUAUCAAAAUCAAAAAGGACAGGAAUAUCCACCUCCUAACCUUGCUUUCCUGGAAGUACUUAGCGAAUUUUCUUCUAAAUUGUUACGACAGGACAAGAAAACUGUUCACACCUAUUUGGAGAAAUUCCUAACAGAACAAAUGAUGGAAAGGAGGGAAGAUGUAUGGCUUCCACUGAUUUCCUAUAGAAAUUCAUUAGUUACAGGUGGUGAAGACGAUAGGAUGUCUGUGAAUAGUGGAAGCAGCAGUAGCAAAACAUCUUCAGUUAGAAAUAAGAAAGGUCGACCUCCACUUCAUAAGAAAAGAGUUGAAGAUGAGAAUCUUGAAGGCUCUUGGCUGAAUAGAAAUGACAGCAUCCAGACUCCAGGUGCUCUCCAGACCCCUCAGCUCACAUCAACGGUGUUGAGAGAAAACACUCGGCAAAUUGGGGAGCAAAUACAGGAACAUGAGUCAGAACCUGGAUCUGAACAAGAUUUUUUAAACAAUCCUCAGAUGCAAAUAUCUUGGUUGGGUCAGCAGAAAUUAGAAGAUUUAAGUCGAAAGGACAGGACAGGAAUGAACUACAUGAAAGGAAGAAGUGGUGUGAGACAUACAGUGCGGGGUCUCAUGGAGGAUGAUGCUGAGCCCAUCUUUGAAGAUGUAAUGAUGUCUUCCCGAGGUCAGUUAGAGGACAUGAAUGAAGAAUUUGAAGAUACCAUGGUUAUUGAUCUGCCUCCUUCAAGGAACCGACGAGAACGAGCCGAAUUGAGGCCUGAUUUCUUUGAUUCUGCAGCUAUCAUUGAAGACGAUUCAGGAUUUGGAAUGCCAAUGUUCUAAAAUCUGGUGAAGACAUUAUACAAAUUUGGAACUCUGUUCUUUAGAGCUCAAGGCCUAUAUACUGUGAUAGCUAAUAUGAAAACCACAUUUUGAUGUGACUUGGUUUGAUUUUUAACCAAAUGAUUAAGGUCAUUUCCUUUUUGUAAUGACAGAGAAGAGGAGCUUCUGAAUGAAACAAGAAAUAUUGGCCAAUCAGUCAACUCAGAAAGGCUGACCUACAAAUCAUUUAUUUUCUCUGUCCUUGACAGUCCUAAUACAGGUUUUUUUUCUUGGAUAGGGAGAAGCUUUUAAA